UUGGAUGAGAUAUUUAAUUUGAAUUUUACUUCACCCUAUAUUGUCUCAACAAGUAUGGGAUACACCCGUUCUGUCAAAACUUAAUGCACCUGUCAGUCAUGAGUUUCAGAAAUGAAAGUUGAAAAGCAGUUGUUAGUCGCCACAAGGUGGCAGUGCACACACAUCGUGACUGCACACGGGUUUAUGUUGGAACAUGACUGCUAAUUGAGUUUGAGUACAAUUUGACAAUCUAUGUGGGAUUUUAAAUAUGCAGGACUUAAAACGGGUUAUAUCGAAUUGAUGUUUAAUUGUGAAGCCAAAUGCUUUAUUUUAUGUUAAAAGAAUGUACAGUAAUUAGAUUUGUAAGUAGGUUUGGUGCGGUUCAACCAAGCGUGUUGACAUUAAAGCAUUGAGUUAAUUAACAAUUAAAUAUUAUAUAUAUUCUCAUUUCAUAAAACCUAAUGCAUUAAUGUUGAGACAGAAUCUUUUAAUUUUUAUGACCAAUAUAAAUUCUAUUAUUAAACAAUAUAUUUUAAUUUAUAUAUGAUAUCACAUGUAUACGUGUGUCUGUAUAGAUAGAUAAAUAGAGUAUGAAGUGUUAAUUUUUGGAUUUCACAUUGCAGUGUAUUUUGUGCUAGUUUAAUGGUAAUUUGUAUUAAUACUGGUAAUUAUUUGGUAUUAUUACACGACUCUGUGGAAUACUUGAUUCUGAUUGGUCAGUCCCGAGCUUCAGAGGUACGUUAUCCCUCGUUAACCACGGACUACAUUUACUUUUCUGUUAUUUUGUGGAUCAUCUUGUAAUUACAAACUGUAAUUACCUUGAAUAGAAAACUUCUUAAACUGGUCUUAGCUAGUUUACAUUGUCUUAAGCAGGUAUGACCCUUCUGAAAUGCGCCCAAAACCACUUUAAAACCAAGUUAUGAGGCUGUGAAACCAGCAAACCAUUGAUUGUGUUUAAUUAUUUAAUAAAGUUUAGUCAGAUAUAUUAUGAAUGAACCAUCCAAAAAUCUCAAGAUAUGUCUUGUUUAAACUAGCCAGAGUUUUGGGUACUUUUCGGCUUGUCAGUCUGCUUUUAGAGGGCUUUUUGGUAUUUUACAGUUGGUCAAUCCACUCUGGUUUCAGGGUGUUUGUGGCCAUUUUCAUCUAGUCAAGUUUGGGAUUUUGCCCAUUUCUCACCUGGCUUAAUUGUCAUUUUUAUAUUUAAUUUGGUCUGGUUAGUUUUAGACUUUGGAAGCACUAGGAUGCCAACUCAGUUCAGCCAAGACCAGCAAACAGUCUCAGGCUGGUUUAACCAUUUCUUUUCUUUUUUUCAUACGAAACUACCGUGUGUAACUUGUGAUUGAGGUCUGGAUGAGUCACCCAUGUUCCCUUGAAUAGUUUUCUCUAUUUUACACAUUAUAUGUGAGUCAAAGCGCCCUACCUCUUAAACACAGAGGACAAGUCCAUCCGCCCCCAUUCAAUUCACAGAAGCGCUGCGGGGCGAAAUUGCGCACUGAGCACGCCAGGCUCUCCAUCGGAACCAGAAGAGAAAGACACGCCAAAGCUACUGAUCCCGAGCCCGUCCUGUGAUUAUCUGCAGUCAGGUGUACAGGUGGAAACAUGCCUGCAUUCCAUUGUCAGGGAAAGCGAAGAAACUAAGGAGACACGGCUGAUUUGUUUUUAAUAUUCCCAUGUUCCACAUGAGGGAGGUUAAGAUUGGAGAAAGCAUUUGUGUAUUAGUGUUGCUUUUUUCUGGGCUUGUGACUUGCUCAGGUGUUUUUGGAAGCCCUUUAACAGAUGAUGUUGCCACGCUGGAAACACUGAGUGAAAACAUUCCCAGUGACUACAGAAUACCUAUCCGCUUCAUCACCAAGGAUGUGGGUGGAGCUUGCUGGCUUUAUGUGAACCUGUAUCAUGUUGAAAGCAGUUUAAAAACAUUGGCCCGAAAGUUUGGCAACCUGUCCACCAAUAAAGCAAACAUCACUAUUUUUAUAACAAUGCUGGAGGGUUUUCGUUUCACUCUGGACAAUGAGGAGCUGGAGGUGACAAUGCAAACAUUCGAGUGCCACUACAGAAAGGGAAAGUGGGCGACUAGACGUUACUUUAACCAUGUUAAAGAGGUUCUUACAGCAGCUGGAUCCAUGCUUGGCAAAUUUAAUGACUGCACACCUCCUCCUUGCAAAACCCUGCCAGCUCCUCCUUUCACACCAGGUCAAAGCAGACAGCAGAACGGUAUGAACGGAGCGAUUCAUGGGCUCUUGGCGCUGCUCAUCAUCCCUAGCAUGGUGCUUCUGGUCCUUACUCUCAGGAUGGUAUUUAGAAGAAGCCACUGUUGUGGGCAAAGAAUGCAUGAAGUCAGCUUGAAUGAGCCUCACGACGGAGCUGAAGAAAGCGUUACCGAGCCCCACAGCAGAGCUGCGCAAGGGCACCCUAAUUCCAGCUCUAGCAGCCUACAGGACAGGGCAUGGGUGGAUUCUUUAGGGUGUGCAGACACAGAGGUUUAAAUUAAAAAUGCAUGAGGAAACUCAUUGGAAAUGGCAGUAUUUUGUGGUGGAAAUCUCCGGGUUUAUGAAGCAGACAAUGAAGGGAAUAUUUUGACUGUUCCAGGAGGGAUGCAUGUGAUGUUUCUAAACUUACUCAUCAAGCCUAACCUGCUCAUCACAAAAAACAUUAGGCUGAAGAGACAAAUCGCAACUUGUGUCCAGCUUGUCCAAU